AUGUUGUUUUUUGUUCUCUUUCAUUGUUUCUAUUUAGGGUUUUUAGGGUUUCUACGACAAGACUUCCAAAAAGUGAUGCGUUUUUAUUUGGUCUUCACUACGUUUCUGCUGUUACUGCUAUUUCAGUGCGUCAGGAGUUCUUUGGCAGUAACGGAGUACCAUCAUUGUAUCCAUGACUUUAUUACUGAACGUUUGUCGUCGCCAGAACCUGAUAUAAGAAUGUCCCAUGUUUCAGCACCCCGGCGGAGUGAAGCUCGUUCAUCUGAUGGAGGCUUAAAGCUUCCUGAAAGGAGUUUUGGUGAUGAGGGCUGGAAAAGGAUUCGUAUCGGUGUUUUCACCCAUGAUUUGGAAAAGCAAGGACGAUACUGUGCUAAAAAGGAUGAUGAAGUUGUCAAUGAUUUUGAUAGCAAACAUACAUGCACUGAGGAGGAUGUCUUAACACCUGAAAAGAAGAAUAUUCUUGUUAAUACGAUCCUCAAGGAAGCAGUGCAACUACAUUCUGAACGUCUUCGUGUGCAACCCUUUAAAGGUAAGCUCGUUGUUCCGGAAUUCAGUAAUGAAAGUAUAUGUGCUACGUUUGCGGUGCCCAAGGAACACCACACUGAUGGUGUACCAGGUGCAGACAUGGUGUUGUAUGUUUCUGCUCUCCCAUCAAUGUAUCCGCGCUCAUUUGCGUGGGCCGUAUCAUGUGCAACACUGGAUAGUAAAAGGGGUAGGGUUUCGAAUCCGGGCCGUUCUGUGGUUGGUGUGAUGAAUUAUGCACCAAAGUAUAUUUUGGCCACGGCCCAGCGAGUCCGCGUUGCUGCACACGAGAUUGCACAUGUCCUUGGUUUCAGUGUGAGUGAGAUGGACAGACUUAAAAUGAUAAAGGAUGUGGGCCCGUUACGGAAUAAGGAGAGAAAAAGUGUUACUGUCUCGUCCUCAAAUACGUUAAGAGAGACGAGGUCGCAUUAUAAUUGUAACACCACUGAAGGUAUGGAAUUGGAGGAUCAGACAGUGCCACGAGGCCACAAUGUUGCUCGACCACGUCCUGCGGCGGGAGGUCCAGGUGGGCUACGGGCACCAGGGUUGAGAGGUGGUUUGUUAAAUGGGCCAUUACCGCCAAAUUCUCCGCCAGGGUUUCGAGGGAAUGUUGAAAGAAGAGGAGGGAUCUUGAGAGGUCCCACGGAUACGCAGUCUUUACGUACUCCUCCUGGUACUGGGUUACGGAACCCUCCUUCAACAAAUCCUGCCGGGACAAAUGCUGUAAUACAUCCGGUCCAACGAAAUUCAGCGGGUGCGGGCGCGGCGGCACUUCUUGCAGAAGUUGAAGAAACACCAAAUUCGAAUGAAAAGGUUGUCGCAGUGGAGAAACAUAUGGAUAUAGGGAAAAAAAACAAUCUCUUCUCCCACUGGAAGCGUCGCAACGCGAAAGAUGAACUUAUGGCUGGUGUUGUUGGCGCUGGAUAUUACACUGCACUGACAAUGGCUUUCUUUGCGGAUAUG